CAACGAGUGAAAUGCAAACAAUCGAUGCAUUCAUUCAUUGCCUGAACUCUCGAUCCAUUCAGUCAUUCAUUGUCUGCUCAAAGACUUGACAAACCAUUUGAAGACCAAAACAAUGGACUUCUUGGACGAUGACAGCGACGAUGAGAGCGAGACAUACAAAUUGUUUGGCGGCAAAGAGGGUCUCGUCUUCUUAAUCGACGCCACGAAAGACAUGUUUAGUUGCCAUCAGUUCUCACUCGCCAUUCAAUGCGUCGAAAAUAUGAUGAAAAACGUCGCGAUUUCGAGUCCGUCGGACGAGUUUGCGGUCGUAUUCUUCGGCACAGAAAACACCGAAAAUGAGUCCAAAUUUGAACACAUCUUCGUUGUGCAGAAACUCCAGAAACCGAGCGCUGACCUCAUCAGUGAGAUCAAGACAAUCGCUGAGUCCCACGACUUUGCCGCACAGUUUGGACACAACAGUCAUUACUCUUUGGCCGAUGUCUUCUCCAUCGCUCUCUCGCAGUUCACUAACAGCAAAUCCAAAUUCCAGACGCGAAGAGUUGUUUUGUUGACCUGUUGUUCGGAUCCAUACUCUGGCAAUACAUCUGCAGACAAACACAUGAAGAAAACGGCUAUAAAUAGAGCCAAAGAUUUCAAAGACUUCGACAUUGAAGUCGAGUUGAUUCCGUUGGGGAACCAAGUCUUCAACAGAGAGACCUUUUAUGAGGAUGUGUUUCCACACCUCAAAAACGACGACAGUUUUGACACUUUAAUAAAAUUAGAGCCACUCUUGAAACGAGUGCACAACAAAUCACAUCGACAGCGAAUGUUGGCGUCCAUACCGUUCCGUUUGGGGCCACCGUCGCCGACCAAUCAGUCAACGGACGUCCAAAUGAGUGUUUAUGUCUACAGUAUGUAUUUGGAGACCAAAAAGCCAACGGCUGUCAAAGUGGACAGAGAGACCAACAGAGAAGUGGUGGCAGAGGUUCAGCACUGGACCAAAGGGUCGGGAACUAUAGUUAAAGCCAAUCAAAUGGUAAAGAAAUUCAAGUUCGGAAGUGAAGAGAUAAUUCUCAACAACGAUGCCCUCAAAGCGAGCAAACAGUUUGAAGAGCCGGCGCUCACUCUACUGGGCUUUAAGCCUCGGAGUGCCAUCAAAACACACCUCCACUUUUCCGGCCGCGUGAAGUAUAUGGGGUUGCUCUUACGGCACUUUCCGUCAUGGUGA